UAAGCCUAACACCAAACUCAGCUUGGGGAGGAGAAGGGUGUUUGGGAUGUGAUAUCGGUUACGGAUAUCUUCAUCGAAUCCCGAUCUCGGUAGAUCGCUCGAAAUCCCCAAUUCCAGCUCCGGUUAUCGCUACACAGCCCGCUAAACUACCGCAACCAGGCAAUACUGGAAUUCCACAAAUUGAUCAGGUGAACAAACCACCCGCGCCAUCGUCGUUCCCUGAUCCAAGCCAGUUUGCUGCUCCUGUCAACAUCCCACCACCUAGCAGCUUUGCACCACCUCCUGCUUCAUUUCCUCCUGCACCACCACCUGUGUUUACACCAUUGUCCACGUCAACUCCAAUGGUUCAGCCUCAAACUUCUAAUGGUCUCGCUGACGGACAUUCUCACUCUCAUGAUGGACAUUCUCAUUCUCAUGAUGGCCAUGACCAUGGUCAUGCAGCCACACCAUCUCCAGCUUCUGUGCAGCAAAGUUAUCAGACUCCUCAGAUCCCAUCGCAGCCCACGUCGAAUGACUAUUAUGCACAACAGCAUCAGCAGCAACAGCAAUAUCAGGUAGGAAUCAUCUACUGA